CUCAGGCGAUAGUAAACAAUAAUAAUUUUCAGCUGUACUACUAACGAUCAAACAGUCGACGUAGUUUGCUGUUUUUACGGCUUUUAUGUAGGUAAUAAAUCAUCGGGAAUAGAUAAGGAUGUCCGAAAUUAGACAAAGAUGCGUAGAGCGGAGUGAUAAAGAGGACGUGGGCUUGAAUAAGAUAGAAGAGAUCAAGAACGAAGUGUUUGCCGAAAAGAGAGAGGGCGAGGAAGAGAGGGGCGAUGGCGAGGGCGAGGCAGUGCGUUCGGAGCCCGAGAGGGAAAACGAGGAAGCGGAAGGAGAAGGAAGCGAGAAGCCCACCGCUAAAGAGAAGCAUUCGGACGACGAAGCAGAAUCGGAGGACAAGCUCCUGGUCACGGCGGAGGACAUAGCCGAUCCCGUGGCGCCACCUGCCGGGAAGGAAUCGAAGGAGAACGAAGUGUUGGAAACUGCGCUCUCGGGUCUGCCGACGAGGUGA